GGUCUCGAACUCCUGACCUCAGAGGAUCCGCCUACCUCAGCCUCCCAAAGUGCUGGGAUUACAGGCAUGAGCCACCACACCCAGCCAAGAUGUGCUUUUCUAACAGGCAUAUCACAUUGCCAAAAAAUAGCUUCCGGGCAGUUUUAGGUAGUGUGUGCCAGUGCCACUGCCACUGGUCCCCAACCUUUUCCCCCACUGUGGUGGGCAGGAUGUCUUGUGCCGUUUCCCAUUGCCCCUCAGCUGGUACCUGCUGCUGUUCCUAGGUUUUGGGAACUCGGCACCUUCGAAGGAGGCAAGCACAGAGGCAGGGCGGGCAGCAUUGCUGGAGCGGGCGCUGCAGGACCUGGAGGUACAGAAUGCCGUGUUGGUGAGCCCCUCGCUGAGUGGCCACUAUGCCCUGCCCUUCCUGAUGCGAGGCCACCACCAGCUACGUGGAUUCGUGCCCAUUGCACCCACCUCCACCCAGAACUACACCCAGGAACAAUUCUGGGCUGUGAAGACUCCAACCCUUAUCCUGUAUGGAGAGCUGGACCACAUCCUGGCUCGAGAGUCACUGCGGCAGCUCCGCCACCUGCCCAACCACUCUGUGGUGAAGCUACGCAAUGCGGGCCAUGCCUGCUACCUCCACAAGCCGCAAGACUUCCACCUUGUCCUGCUUGCCUUCCUUGACCAUCUACCUUGAACUAACCCACUCCCAGGUCCCGACCUGGCCUGAGCUUGGACAGUCUGGACCACCACCCUCCCCUGACCAGGGAGACAACCUCUGGGAUUGGAGGCCAGAGGCCAGAGGGUCAGACCCAGCCAGGACUUCUCAUUUCAUCUCACAGACACAAUAAAAAAGGGUAUUUGUCCUGCCUGGGAA